ACAUUGUCCUCCUGAAUAAAACGGAAUUAUGUUUAAAUAUCAAUAGCACCAAAGUGCGGACAACUUGUGAAGUGAAACUAGUGCGGUUCCUUUUUCUGAUUGGUUGAGCACUACAGGAAGUACUUGCCUCUUACGUAUGUCAAAAUAUACAACAUGGCUGCAUUAUAGAAUGGACACAGCUGCGAUUAGUAGGACAUAUUCAAGGGGAAACAUUUAGUUCUGAUUCUAAACAAUACAGUUUGAGUUGUUUAAGGGUUAGACGAGUACCACGUCGUUACGUUGUUUUAAAGAUGCAUAGUCUCACUAAAGCAACGCUGGCUUUACAUGGAAUUGGGCGGCGGUGUGUUGCUGUGAUUCGUUUUUCAGGAGCAAGAAUCAUUUGCAGGGGACUCGCGUGUGCAGCAGAACAUGGGGAACAUGAAAAUGAGCUUUAUGAUGUCAUAUCUGGAGGAGGAAUGGUUGGGACCGCUAUGGCUUGGUCUUUAGGCACGGAUCCAAACUUGGAGGGGAAGAAGAUUCUGCUGCUUGAGGCAGGCAAAAAAAAAAAGUGAUGGACAAGGUCCAGACGCCUACAGUACAGAGUCAGCUCCAUCAGCCCGGGCUCUGCCACCCUCCUCAGUGGUGUUGGAGCAUGGGAUCACAUUAUGAACAUGAGAUGUAAGCCCUAUCAGAAGAUGCAGGUCAGUUUUUGGAAACUCCACUCUACCACAAGCACUAAAGGUUUGGGAUGCCUGCUCAGAUGCCCUGAUUACAUUCGAUAAGGAGAACCUGCAGGACGAGAUGGCAUACAUUGUGGAGAACGACAUCAUUGUGGCAGCCCUAACAAAACAGCUGGAGAAUCUCUGAUCAGGUGAAGGUCCAGUACAAAACCAAGGUGGUGAUGUACACUUGGCCCAAGUCCCACCAGGUAGCUGAAUCCAUCCCCUGGGUUCAGGUCACCCUGGCCAAUGGACAGACGUUUCAAACCAAACUACUGAUUGGAGCAGAUGGGCCAAAUUCGAUGGUGAGGCGGGGAUACCCACGGUCAAGUGGAAUUACGACCAAUCAGCUGUUGUGGCUGUCCUGCAUCUGUCCGAACCAACAGAGAACAAUGUUGCGUGGCAGAGGUUCCUUCCAACAGGACCCAUAGCAAUGUUACCGUUGUCGGACACAGAGAGCUCUUUGGUGUGGUUGACCAGCCACCGCCUUGCUAAGGAGCUACUGCAGCUAGAUGAAGAGCUUUGUGGACACCAUCAACUCUGCCUUUUGGAGUGGCACGGAUCGUCCCAAAAAGCCGGGUCAUGUUCCUCCUGGGCAUGGGCCACGCAUCAGAGUACAUCAGGCACGGGGUGGCCCUCAUCGGGGGCCAUGCAGCAUCUGUUGGAAUAUGAGGCGGAACGGCAGCGACACAACCUGCCCAUGAUGGCCGCCAUCGACCUGAUGAAACGACUCUACUCAACUAACGCUGCCCAUGUGGCUCUCUUACGCACCUUCGGUCUGCAAGCCACCAACACACUACCAGCCAUAAAAGAGCAGAUCAUGGCGUUUGCAAGCGAGUGACACGUACACUGGUCCUGCAGUGGCAGUUUGACGGGACUCCAAAGAUGAUAUGCCACUGACUUUGUGAAUGGAAUGUAAAAGUGUAAAUUAAUAAAGUUAUAUAUUAUGCUCUGUUAUUACAUGAACAUUGCUAUACCUGCA